AUGGCGGAGGGUACUAGAUCUCAGGAUAACCGAAGGUUCGAAAAGAGCGUAAAGGCUAUGAUGAAGGAACAGAAAGAGCAGUUUGAGCAGGAGAUGGCAGCUCUCCAGAACUUGGUGCUGGAGCUGCACUCUCAAAGAGGACAAUCUGCCAGGAACUCACCUUCUGAAAAUGAGGUAUCUCAGGGGAGGAGUUACCAAGCCCCUACGCGUUUUUCUCGUCUGGAAUUUCCUAGAUUCCAUGGAGAAGACUUACAAGGGUGGUUGUUUAAGAUCGAACAGUUUUUUGAGGUAGAUGAGAUGCCAGUUCAUGUGAGGGUAAAACUGGUUGCGAUGAACUUGGAGGGGAAGGCUCUCCAGUGGCACCAGAUCCUUUUGAGGUCGCGAGUCACGAGAGAUUUACCUGCUUGGGAAGAAUAUAUUAAGGAGAUGGCGUCAAGAUUUGGAGGAUGUUUGUAUGAUGAUUCAAUGGGGGAAUUAAAGGCCUUGAAACAAGAAGGAUCAGUCUUGGAAUACCAAGAGCAGUUCGAAGAGCUGCUAAAUAGGGUAGACCUUCCUGAAGAUUAUGCCACAAGCUGCUUCAUCAGUGGAUUGAAGACAGAGAUACAAUUAGCUGUGAGGAUGUUCAUGCCUAAAACACUGCAACAUGCCAGGUCGCUAGCUAAACUGGAGGAAGCCAAAAUUUCGACUCAACAGAAGAGAGGAGUGAUUAAAACUGGCUUCCACUCUACCGUGGAUGACAGGUGGAGGAGAGAAGGGAACUUUGAAGGAUCUUGGAAGAAGGAGAGUAACCUUGAUCGCGCUUGGAGAAGGGAUGAUAAGGCGCUGCUGCCCACCCCUAACCAAGAGAGGAGUGAGACGGUUCCAGAAAGAUACAUCAGGAGGCCAUUUAAAAGACUAACCUCUAGUGAAAUGGAUGAAAAGAGAGCAAAAGGUCUUUAUUUUUGGUGUGAUGAAAAGUUUGGAGUUGGCCACAUGUGCAAGAAUAGGCAGCUGUUUCGAUUGGAGGUGUGUGCAGAGGAGGAUGGUGAAGAGUUAGAGAUAGAAUCUGAGGAGGAGGGGGAAGCAUCACAGGAAGCAUCACAGGGUAAUUUGGCUCACAUUUCCUUAAACGCCAUGACUCUUACUGAUGUCCCUAAGUUUAGAACAAUGCGAGUGACUGGACAUGUGGGGAAGACCUCAGUAAAUAUUUUUAUUGACUGUGGAAGCUCUCACAAUUUUGUUCAUCCAGAUUUAGUUAACAAACUGGGUCUGAAGGUGCAGGGAGUACCAUCAGUUGUGGUGGAAGUAGCAGAUGGCAACAAAAUCACCACCAAUAAAUUGUGUCCUGAUUUCACGUGGAAGAUGCACAAACAGACGUUCAAGGCUGAUGCUAUGGUGUUACCUGUGGGAGGUUGUGAGUUAGUACUGGGGAUGCAAUGGCUCUCAACAUUGGGUGAUAUAAAGUGGAACUUUGGAGAGCUGAAAGUGGAAUUUCUGAAGGAAAAGAGGAAGGUGGUGUUGAGAGGGAAGGGUCAGCAGGCCAUUCAAGUGGUGCAAAAGAGGACUAUGCAGAAGAUCUUACGGAAGCCUGAACAGAUUGCUUCCGCACAGCUUUGCUUCAUUGCACCUGUGCAGAUACCAGCAAGGGAACAGACAGGCAGUCUCUGUCAAUUGGAGGAAGAAUUACAGGUAGCAAACCCUAGCCAUGGUUCUGAAGCAAGGGAGUUGAAUGAACUGUUAAUGCAAUUUAAGGAUAUUUUCGAAGAACCUUCUGAACUCCCCCCUCACAGAGGCCACGAUCACCAAAUCAUACUCAAGGAAGGAACAGUGCCUGUGAACCUAAGGCCUUACAGAUAUCAUGUCUUCCAGAAAAAUGAGAUUGAAAAGCUGAUUCAGGAAAUGCUACAAUCUGGAGUCAUCAGGCACAGUACAAGUCCCUUUUCUUCUCCAGUUGUAUUGGUUAAGAAGAAGGAUGGAACGUGGAGGAUGUGUAUUGACUAUAGGGAACUAAAUGCAGCUACUGUGAAGGACAAGUUUCCCAUACCAGUGGUAGAAGAACUAAUUGAUGAGUUAUUUGAAUCUCAUUUCUUCACUAAACUGGAUCUUAGAUCUGGUUAUCACCAGAUAAGAAUUUGUGCGGAUGAUAUUGCUAAAACUGCCUUCAGAACUCACGAAGGGCAUUAUGAGUUUGUUGUGAUGCCCUUCGGGCUGACCAACGCACCUUCCACUUUCCAAAGUUUGAUGAACACCGUAAUCAGGCCUUAUUUGAGGAAGUUCAUACUGGUUUUUUUUGAUGAUAUUCUUGUGUUUAGUCCAAUCUGGCCUGACCACAUGAGAAACUUGCAGAUCACCUUAGGAACUCUGCGGCAGCACAGUUUGAAAGUAAAAAAGAGCAAGUGCUUUUUUGCUCAGCCGCAAGUGGCAUAUUUGGGGCAUGUAAUCUCAGGAGAAGGAGUGCAGGCAGACUCUCAUAAGGUGCAAGCAAUUCAACAGUGGCCUAUACCCUCAAAUCUGAAGGAGUUAAGGGGGUUUUUGGGAUUAGCAGGGUACUAUAGGAGGUUCAAAUAA